CGUUAACGAUGACGCUAUCAACAGGAGCGGGUGACGUCAUCUUUGAGCGACGGGCUGCUGUAGCGUGUGCGAUGGAUCUGCAGGUGUCUGUGGUUCUGCAGGUUCUGUCUCAAGCAAGCAGUCAGGAUUCGGCUCUACUCAAACCUGCAGAGGAACAACUGAGACACUGGGAAAACCAACCAGGGUUCUACUCUAUAUUACAGAGUAUCUUUAAUAAUCAUGUGUUGGAUGUGAAUGUACGCUGGCUCGCUGUGCUCUACUUCAAAAAUGGCAUCGACCGCUACUGGAGGAGGGGCGCCCCAAAUGCUAUCUCGGAGGAGGAGAAAUCAUCUCUGCGUGCAGGACUCAUCACCAACUUCAAUGAGCCUGUCCAUCAGAUCGCGACUCAGAUCGCAGUGCUGAUAGCGAAGGUGGCGAGGUUGGACUGUCCCCGUCAGUGGCCUGAACUCAUCCCUGUGCUGCUGGAGGCCAUUAAACACCCAGACGAGCUCCAUCAGCACCGAGCGCUGCUCACACUCUCACACGUCAUCAAAACACUCUCCUCCAAAUGCCUCAGCGCCGACCGAGCACUGUUCCAACACUUGGCCUCCAGCAUCUACAGCUUCGCCUGCUUUCUGUGGAACCAUCACGCAGACACAUUUCUGCUGAAAAUACAGACUGGGGAAUCACACACAGCACUCAGUGCCCUCGAACACACACUGUUGUCCCUCAAGGUACUGCGUAAGUUAACGGUUCAUGGAUUUGUGGAACCUCAUCAGAACAUGGAGGUGAUGGGUUUUCUCGGUGCGGUGUUUGACAGGUUAAGGCAGUUUCUAGAGUGCUGUGGCCAUGUGGGUGAAGCUCACGCCUGCAGAGAGAAACUGGAAAAGAUCAUCAUCCUCUACACUAAAGUUUUCCUGGACUUCCUGCAGAGCCACCCGCACUCGUUUAUCCCCCUGAUCCAGCGCUCGCUCGAGUUCUCCGUCUCCUUCGUGUUCACUGAGCAGGGCGAUGGCCUCGUCUUCGAGCGCUUCAUCGUCCAGUGCAUGAACCUCAUCAAGAUGAUCAUCAAGAACGACGCCUACAGACCGGCGAAGAACGUGGAGGACAGUAAAGCGGAGAAUCUGGAGGCAUACACGAUUACAUCAGCUUUCUUCACACAUGUGACUCUGACUGAGAUCUGUAAAAGACUCGUCUCCAAAUACUUCCUGUUAACACAGGAAGAGCUCACCAUGUGGGAAGAGGAUCCCGAGAGCUUCGCUGUUGAGGAGACAGGAGGUGAUUCAUGGAAAUACAGUUUGCGGCCAUGUACAGAGGUUUUAUUCCUGGACCUUUUCCACAACUACAGUCAGACUCUGACUCCAGUGCUGCUGGACAUGGUACACUCACUACAGGGUCUCAGUAAUGUUGAUGAUCCAGUGCAGAUGCUGAUGAAGGAUUCGGUGUAUAAUGCGGUAGGAUUGGCAGCGUACGAACUGUUUGACAGCGUGGAUUUUGAUCAGUGGUUUGAGAAUCAGCUGCUGAUGGAGCUUCAGUUUAACCACAACAGGUAUAAGAUGAUCAGGAGGCGUGUGAUCUGGUUGGUUGGACAGUGGAUCUCGGUGAAGUUUAAGCCUGAGCUACGUCCCCUGCUAUAUGAAAUCAUCCUCAACCUCCUUCAGGACCCAGAUCUCGUGGUCCGUAUUGAGACAGCGACAACACUGAAGCUCACUGUUGAUGAUUUUGAGUUUAGAACAGAGCAGUUCCUACCAUAUGUGGAGUCGAUCUUCACUCUGUUGUUCCAGUUGUUACAGCAGGUCACAGAGUGUGACAGUAAAAUGCAGAUCCUCCACGUCAUCUCCUGUGUGAUAGAGAGAGUGGGCAUGCAGAUCCGUCCCUACAUAGGUUGCCUGGUUCAGUACCUCCCUCUCCUGUGGAAACAAUCUGAAGAACACAACAUGCUGCGUUGUGCUAUCCUCACAACACUCAUCCACCUCGUAAAGGGCCUGGGGGCAGAGAGCAGCAACCUAUAUCCAUUUCUACUUCCUGUCAUUCAGCUGAGCACCGACGUGUCUCAGCCACCGCAUGUCUACCUGCUGGAGGAUGGCCUGGAGUUGUGGUUGGUGACAUUAGAGAACAGUCCCGCUUUAACUCCUGAACUGCUCAGAAUUUUCCAGAACAUGUCGGCCCUGCUCGAGAUGAGUACAGAGAAUGUACGGACGUGUUUUCAGAUCAUCAACUCCUACAUCUACCUCUCAGCUCUCGACUUCCUGCAGAGUUAUGGUGAAGCUCUGUGCAGGUCUUUCUGUGAAUUCCUAAAGGACGUUACUGCUGAUGGACAAGUGCAAGUGCUCAAGGUGGUGGAGACUGCACUGAAAGUGAGUCCAGUUCUAGCAUCUCACAUGUUCCAGCCCCUACUGCCCGCUGUGUUCAGAGGAGUGAUUGAGGAAGAGAGGUACCCUGUGGUGAUGUCGACGUAUCUGGGUAUAGUUGGUCGCAUCCUCCUGCAGAACUCGAGCUUCUUCUCUUCACUGCUCACACAGAUGGCCAUGGAGUUCAACCAGGAGCCGGAGCAGCUGUUGGGGAACCUGAUGGAGAUCUGGGUGGACAGGAUGGACAACAUCACGCAACCUGAGAGGAGAAAACUGUCAUCUUUAGCUCUGCUCUCAUUAUUACCUUCAGAGAACAUUGUUGUACAGGAGAAGUUCUGUGGGAUUGUUAAUAUCUGUGUCGAGUCUCUACACGACGUGAUGACUGAAGAUCCAGAGACAGGGACCUUCAAAGACUGUAUGUUGGUGAGUGGAUUGGAGGAGCCGAAGUUCUCUGAUGAUGAAGAACCUCCCACUGAACAGGACAAGAGGAGGAAACUGUUGGCUCUGGAGGACCCGGUACACACAGUGUCUCUGCAGCAGUGUGUGUAUGAGAAGCUGAAGCUGCAGCAGGGGAUGAUGGGAGAUCAGGGAUUCCAGUGUCUCAUGGAGACGGUGGACACUGAGAUCAUCCACCAGCUGCAGGAGUUCCUACAGGGACUGUAACUAUAGCAACAACAAACAAACGUCACACGCAUGCUCACGCCAUUCCCACAGGAACAUCAACCAACGAACUGUCCAACCAUCAAACAUGGAGUAAACGACAAACAGCGUCCGAAACGACAUAAAGAUCAAACAACAUCAAAUAACAUCACACUGUUACAGAACAACACAACUUCCUGUUCCCUACUUUCUGUUCCAUAAUCCCUACCCCCUGUUCCCUACCCCCUGUUUCCUACCCCCUGUUUCCUACCCCCAAGUCUCUUCACAGUGCGUUAUUGUUAUUUGGACAUGGAGUUUUUUGCAGUGCAUUGUGGGAUUAUCUGCAGCAUGCUAUCAGUCACAUGGUGACAGUAGUGUGCUUCCUGAAUAGUGCACUAGGUAGUGAACAGGGUGCAGUGGGUUAAUGAUUAGCUUUAAUAAUUGAAGAAGAAAGCUUAGAGAGUUUAGAACCAAAACUUUUCCCUUUGAUAUUUCUUUUUCCUGAUCUGUCACAACUGAAGGAAAGUUUAUUCAUUGUGUUUUGUGCUUUUUUUUUUUUUUUUUUUAAACAAUAAUUUUUGACAUAUGGAUAAAAAGACACAAAAAUGGGAAUUAUUAUUUUUUUGGAUGUGUCGAAUGUUCAGAGAGGAAAAAAAAGACAUUUCAGUUUCUCUCAGUGAAGGUGAAUAAAAUUAUGCAUUAAAAUGUAAAAAAAAAAAUCUGUUUAUUGUUUUUGUUGAUGUGACGAGUUAACAUUAAUUAACAUAAAGCAAAAUCAAAUUAUUUUAUAUUAAUUUGUAGUUUUUUGACCGGAAUGUUCAGUGUUUAGAUUUAUAAUCACACUUAAAAAUUAAAUCACUGAAUUUUUGAUUAUUUCAGUAAUUAUAUAAUCGCAGGAAUACUCAGGAAAUUAUGCGUUAACAAGCUGAUUAUUGCUCGUGUGCCAUUUGUUUUGCAGAUUUUCUCGCAUGUUUAUGAUCUAGGAGUGUGAACUGUAUGCUAACCUGCAAACCAGCACAGUGCACAAUGUGUGUAAUUAGCACAGAUGCUAAGGAGUUAGCGGAUGUGUGUACGUGUGUAAAACCUGCUGUGAACACGACACUUCAUCACUUCACUGAUCAUUAAAAACCUGGUGAAAACAGA